GUGGCGAUGGUGAUGACAAUUGAUGGUCACGGUGAUGGUGGUAGCGGUGGGAAUGUGAUUGUGGUUGGCAAUUGGUGGUCUAAACAGCGGUGGUGGUGGUGAUGGUAAUUGAUGGUCAUGAUGAUCGUGGUGGGAAGGUGACGGUGGCAAUUGGUGGUCAUGAUGAUGGUGAUAGCGGUGGGAAUGUGGUUGUGGAAGUUGUGGCAAACGUAGUGGCUGCCAAUAGCGAUUGUUGGUCAUGAUGGUGGCGGAGAUGUGUUGAUUAUAACAGUGGUGAUUGCAGUAGUGAAGGUAAUAACGGUGAUAGCAAUUGUUUAUCACAAUGACGGUGGCGAUAGUGGUGGGUAUCUAUCUACGUUGAACUUCCACACACCGUACGUAGCCAACCGCACGAAUCGGAGGGUGCGGUGGGAUGACAACAAACUUCUUGGCAGCCCUUUGAUUGGUGGAAACCCCCAACCACCGGUAGCGAUCGUUGCCCUCCGCCGACGUUAACAUUGGCUGCUGACAUUUGGGCUACGCCCAUUUUAAACCUUUAUAAACAGUUUGCUUUUAAAAACCAAUCCCCUCUUCCUGACUUUUUUUUAGUUAUUUUAUGUGAACCUAUCUACGUGACUUUGUCGAAAGACACAAAUAAAAAAACAUUUUUGUUAAUGUAUAUAAAAAAAAAUUCGUUUGAGAUCUAAAUUUCAAAGUGGCUUUCUAAUAUUGGAACGAAGAACGUUCCGGAAAGACGGCCGCAGAAGCGCAUCUGAAAGCGCGCGAUACAGUGACAGUGUUUGUUCGACGGCUAGACAAAAGGCGCUGCGAGGAUUGCCGGAGUUUACGCGAUGGUUUAUGCGCUUUGACGAGAUCGGCAAGCAUCAUGUCGGACACAUGGAGCAGCAUCCAGGCUCAUAAGAAGCAGCUGAGCAGCCUGCGGGAGAGACUCCAGAGGAGAUGGAAGGACCCAACUCAGCUUGGCCUUGACCCAGAGGUGACCGGCGGGGUGGUUGGGCCUGCGGCGCGCAGCGAGAGCCCUACAGGCCACUCGCCGUCGAGCUCCCUCCCCGAGCCCUCUCUCCGGCGGGGGGCAGUGGGGGUGGUCGAGGUGACAGCCCCGGUGCUGGAGGUGAGGGUCGACCCGCGGCUCGAGAGCCGGCUCCUCGCGUACCUCUCCGACCUCGCCCUGCCACUGCCCGUUGACUCGGCUGCCAUCCAGACUGCCAUCUCACAGUCCGAAUCCCUCGUAACGCGGGCGUCCGUCGAGAGCCUGCUGCACAAGUUCGCAGCGCAGGAGCUGAUCGCGGUGAGCGCCGGCUGCCUGCCGGACGGCGGGCCAUGCGUGCUCGUCACAGACGCUGAGCACUCCAAGCUGUCCGCCAUGCUGGGGGCAGCCACCACUUCUGGGUCAGUAUCAGGUGUGACAUCGGACCCAGGUGGAUCUGGUGGGGUCGGCAAGGGCGACCUGGGGCAGGAUGGGGGCAGCUCGAUUCCACUGGUGCCCAGUUCCAGUGCCAACAAGCGGAAGGCUGAGGCCAGCGAGGGAGCACCUCCCGACAAGAUGAAUAAGAAAACGCAGCUCUCAUCCACCUCCACAUCAUCCACAAGCAAUGAGUUGGACCAGGAGAUCAUGAGCCUGCUGUCGCAGCAGUCGACGCGUGAGCAGGAGAGCAAGAAGGUGUCGGCCGAGAUACUGCAGCUGCUAACGGCAAGCACGGCCAAGGAACAGUCUAUUCUUGAGAAGUUCCGCUCACGAGGGGGAGCACAGGUUCGGGAAUUCUGUGAGCAUGGCACCAAGCAGGAGUGCAUGGGUGCGUGCGGCUCCUCACGCCCGUGCCCCAAGCUGCACUUCCGCCGCAUCAUCCACAAGCACACGGACGAGUCGCUGGGCGACUGCUCCUUCCUUAACACGUGCUUCCACAUGGACACCUGCAAGUACGUGCACUACGAGAUCGAUGGCGGUGGCUUGGCCGCCGGUGGUGGCAUGGGGGGGCCAGGCCGGAGGGGCCGCAUGGAGGAGGCGGCGGCGGUGGUGGCGGUGAACAGGCCGCGCGAUGACACCACCGCGGGGAAACUGUUUCCCUCGCAGUGGAUAAACUGCGACAUACGCUUCCUGGACAUGAGCAUUCUGGGUAAAUUCUCGGUAGUGAUGGCAGACCCCCCUUGGGACAUUCAUAUGGAGCUGCCGUACGGCACACUCACGGACGACGAGAUGCGCCGGCUCAACAUCCCUGUGCUGCAGGACGAUGGCUACAUCUUCCUGUGGGUGACGGGCAGAGCCAUGGAGUUGGGCAGGGAGUGCCUCAAGCUCUGGGGCUAUGAGCGAGUGGAUGAGCUCAUCUGGGUUAAGACAAAUCAACUGCAGCGGAUCAUCCGUACAGGGCGGACGGGCCACUGGCUAAACCACGGCAAGGAGCAUUGCCUGGUUGGAAUGAAGGGAAACACGGAGGGCUUUAACCGGGGGCUGGAUUGUGAUGUUCUGGUUGCCGAGGUUCGCUCCACGAGCCAUAAGCCUGAUGAGAUUUACGGAAUCAUCGAACGCCUCUCCCCCGGAACUCGCAAGAUUGAGCUGUUCGGGAGACCUCACAACAUCCAGCCCAACUGGGUUACGCUGGGUAACCAGCUGGACGGAAUCCACCUGCUGGACCCCGAGGUGGUGGCUCGCUUCAAGAAGCGCUACCCUGAUGGCAUCAUCACCAAAUCCAAUUAAUCCCAGCGAGAUGAGUGCUGGGAAACAAGCAUGACGUGCGUUAGGACAGAGGGCAUAGGGCGGAGGUUGGAGGUCAUGCCCAGGGCUUAAUUUUAGUUCUGUCCGAGUUCGCGACACAGAAAAUAUUAAAGCACCCGUCACACCACAGUCAGUGUAUCUCCACGAGUUUUGUGCCGUCUCCAGUCAACCAGUGACCCAGAGAAUAUUCAGUGCGAAAUUAAGCCCUGUUCAUGACCCCUGACCUCGCAAUGAAUCUCUUUAUCCUGAAACAAUGUUUUUAUAUAAAGAAUAUGCUUUAAAAUGUGAA